AGUCCAAGGGAGACUAACCAAUAUUCUGGGUGAAAAGUUUUAGGUACAGAUGUGGCAUAAGAGAUUCAUCAGAAUAAACCUCCUGUGCUGCUAGUUCUUUUUCAUCUUUCUCCCCAAUGAAAGAUAUGAGAUAUUCAGCUGCAGCGCCACAGAUUGUGAAGAUUGUGAGGAUAGUUGUCAAGUUUCAUCCGUUAUUGACAGUAACUAGUCUUAUUUGCCAGGUAAUACUCCUGCAAGAUUGGAUUGAAGAAGAGGUGAGCAAUCAAUGGAAAGCUCUCAAGGUGUAUUGCCAAUCAAUAGUGAGAGCUCUAUUGGAUCCGAUUACUGAGAAAAUGCAGAAUCUAUCAAAAGCCCUCCAGAUGCAUCUCAGCCAUGGAGCAGAAACGCGUCAGCUAGAGACCGAACUGCUGGGUAAACUUGCCUUAUUCUCUGCCACAUUUCUUCUACUGGAUACAGAAGUAAGUUCCAAAUAUGAUAAAAGAGGGUUCAAAACACAGUUAUUGUUGCGUAUUGGCCUUGAGCUACUAAAACUUUCAAAGCUUUGGAGUCAGCUCAAACUUCUUCGUGCAAGGUGCAGCUAUGUGACAAAUUUAACAUCAAACUUCACCUUCUUUAUUCUAGCAAUUGUUUUUGCAAAAUUUUAUGAUAAUUCCUUGAGGAUCCUCGGUUCCAUGUUGUUCAUUGCAAUUUAUUUACUAUGUCUGUUGGUGGUAUUACGACCACGAACAGAUUUUGGAUUGUUUAGUUUCAUCAUGGGAGUCAUUGGAUCCAUUACUUAUAACCACUUCAAAUUCACGUCUCCCACAUGGAUAAUUGCCUUCAUCUGUUUUGUAUUGUUCAGUUUCAAGAGCUGGUUAGAUAUGUACUGGUUUGAUUUGAAAGAAAAUCAAUUACUAACCUCUACAAAUACCACAACUGGAAGCACCAGCAUGUUUUUGAUUCUAUCAUCAACAAUUGUAAAUUUCGUAGGAUCCAUCUUUUCGUAUUAUGUUGUUGAAUCUCCCUUGUCUGAUUAUAAAGUAUGGUUAGCUAGGGCAAUCAAUAGCGUGAUGUGGAAUGUCCGCUUCUAUAAGUUCUAUCCCAAAGAUACCUCACUACCCUCUACAAAUACCAAAGGAGUCGGUGAUUUGAUUUUGACCAUUGCAAAUGUUGCACAGGGCAUUUUCGUGUUUGGUCUUUUCACAUUUUCUGUGGCAGAUUAUAAAGAUUGGUUAUUUGCAGCAAUCAGUUAUGUGACUUUUUGUUUCUGGUUACGAAGCCUUUUCUCCAAAGAUCUAUCUUUGCCCUCUACAAAUGCUAAAAGUAUCACAAGUGUGAUUUUGUCUUUGUUAUCUAUUGCCAAAUACAGUAUUAUGGUGUUAGCUGGUUUGGAACCCCGCUUGUACUACAGAGAUUGGUUGAUUGUGAUAACUUGUUUUGUACUGUGGUGGGUUCGGUUACGUACAUCCUUUCCCAAAGGCCUAUUACCAUUGUCCACUGCAAUUGAAUUUAAAGCUACGCAAUGGUGGGCAAUGAUGAUAAAUACCCUAGUUUCAGAGAUCAUAUAUUGGAUAAUGACUAUCUGCAACAUGCAUUAACAAGGAUGCUUAGAAAAUCAGUUACAAACCUCUACAAAUACCACAACUGGAAGCACCAUCAUGUUUUUGAUUCUAUCAUCAACCGUUGUAAAAUUCGCAGGAGCCAUCUUUCAGUUUUAUGUUGUUAAAUCUCCCUCGUCUGAUUAUAAAGUAUGGUUAGCUAGGGCAAUUUGUAGCGUGACGUGGAAUGUCCACCGCUAUAAGUUCUAUCCCAAAGAUACCUCACUACCCUCUACAAAUACCAAAGGAGUCAAUGGUUUGAUUUUGACCAUUGUAAAUGUUGCACAGGGUAUUUUCGUGUUUGGUCUUUACACAUUUUCUGUGGCAGAUUAUAAAGAUUGGUUAUUUGC